GAGCUGUGAGGGAAGAAAUAUUCGAUAUAGAACAUGCAGUAAUGUGGACUGCCCACCAGAAGCAGGUGAUUUCCGAGCUCAGCAAUGCUCCGCUCACAAUGAUGUCAAGCACCAUGGCCAGUUUUAUGAAUGGCUUCCUGUGUCUAAUGACCCAGACAACCCCUGUUCACUCAAAUGCCAGGCCAAAGGAACAACCCUGGUUGUUGAACUAGCACCUAAAGUCUUAGAUGGGACUCGUUGCUACACAGAAUCUUUGGAUAUGUGCAUCAGUGGUUUAUGCCAAAUUGUUGGCUGUGAUCACCAGCUGGGAAGCACCAUGAAGGAAGAUAACUGUGGAGUCUGCAACGGAGAUGGGUCCACCUGCCGACUGGUCCGAGGGCAAUAUAAAUCCCAGCUCUCCUCAGCCAAAUUUGAUGAUACUGUGGUUGCUAUUCCCUAUGGAAGUAGACAUAUUCGCCUUGUCUUAAAAGGACCUGAUCACUUGUAUCUGGAAACCAAAACCCUGCAGGGGGCUAAAGGUGAAAACAGUCUCAGCUCGACAGGCACCUUUCUUGUGGAUAAUUCUAGUGUGGACUUCCAGAAAUUUCCAGACAAAGAGAUUCUAAGAAUGACUGGACCACUCACAGCAGAUUUCAUUGUUAAGAUCCACAACUCGGGGCCAGCUGACAGCACAGUCCAGUUCAUCUUCUAUCAGCCUAUCAUCCACCGAUGGAGGGAGACAGAUUUCUUUCCUUGCUCAGCAACCUGUGGAGGAGGUUACCAGCUGACAUCGGCUGAGUGUUACGAUCUUCGGAGCAGCCGUGUGGUUGCUGAUCAAUAUUGUCACUAUUACCCGGAGAACAUCAAACCCAAACCCAAACUUCAAGAGUGCAACUUGGAUCCUUGUCCAGCCAGUGACGGAUACAAGCAGAUCAUGCCUUAUGACCUCUACCAUCCCCUUCCUCGGUGGGAGGCCACCCCGUGGACCGCGUGCUCCUCCUCGUGUGGGGGGGGCAUCCAGAGCCGGGCAGUUUCCUGUGUGGAGGAGGACAUCCAGGGGCAUGUCACCUCAGUGGAAGAGUGGAAAUGCAUGUACACCCCUAAGAUGCCCAUCGUGCAGCCCUGCAACAUUUUUGACUGUCCUAAGUGGCUGGCACAGGAGUGGUCUCCGUGCACGGUGACAUGUGGCCAGGGCCUCAGGUAUCGGGUGGUCCUCUGCAUCGACCAUCGUGGAAUGCACACAGGAGGUUGUAGCCCCAAAACCAAGCCCCACAUAAAAGAGGAAUGCAUCAUACCCACUCCCUGCUAUAAACCCAAAGAGAAACUCCCAGUAGAGGCCAAACUGCCAUGGUACAAGCAAGCUCAAGAACUAGAAGAAGGAGCUGCUGUGUCAGAAGAGCCCUCGUUCAUCCCGGAAGCCUGGUCCGCCUGCACAGUCACCUGUGGUGUGGGGACCCAGGUGCGAAUAGUGAGGUGCCAGGUGCUCCUGUCUUUCUCUCAGUCUGUGGCUGACCUGCCUGUGGAUGAAUGUGAGGGGCCCAAGCCUGCAUCCCAGCGUGCCUGUUAUGCAGGACCAUGCAACGGGGAAGCUCCUGAGUUUAACCCAGAAGAGACAGAUGUCCUCUUUGGUGGCCUGCAAGAUUUGGAGGAGCUCUAUGACUGGGAGUAUGAGGGCUUCACCAAGUGCUCUGAGUCAUGUGGAGGAGGUGUUCAGGAGGCUGUGGUGAGCUGCCUGAACAAACAGACGCGGGAGCCCGCUGAUGAGAACUUGUGCGUGACCAGCCGCCGACCCCCACAGCUCCUCAAGUCUUGCAGUUUGGAUCCCUGCCCGGCCAGGUGGGAAAUUGGCAAGUGGAGUCCAUGCAGUCUCACCUGUGGGGUUGGCCUGCAGACCAGAGAUGUCUUCUGCUCCCACCUACUUUCCAGAGAGAUGAAUGAGACUGUAAUCCUGGCCGAUGAGCUGUGUCGUCAGCCCAAGCCCAGCACGGUGCAAGCUUGUAACCGCUUCAACUGCCCCCCAGCCUGGUACCCUGCACAAUGGCAGCCAUGUUCCAGGACCUGCGGAGGUGGCAUCCAGAAGCGUGAGGUCCUUUGCAAACAGCGCAUGGCUGAUGGCAGCUUCCUGGAACUCCCUGAGACCUUCUGUUCAGCCUCGAAACCGGCCUCCCAGCAAGCCUGCAAGAAAGAUGACUGUCCCAGCGAGUGGCUCCUCUCCGACUGGACAGAGUGUUCCACGAGCUGCGGGGAAGGCACCCAGACUCGAAGUGCCAUUUGCCGGAAGGUGCUAAAAACCGGGGUCUCAGCUAUUGUCAAUUCCUCCCUGUGCCCUCCCCUGCCGUUCUCUUCAUCCAUCAGGCCCUGCAUGCUGGCAACCUGUGCCCGGCCGGGACGGCCCUCCACCAAGCACAGCCCCCACAUUGCGGCCGCCAGGAAGAUCUACAUCCAGACCCGCCGGCAGAGGAAGCUGCACUUCGUCGUGGGGGGGUUCGCCUACCUGCUGCCCAAGACCGCCGUGGUGCUGCGCUGCCCCACGCGGCGCUUCCGCAAGCCCCUGAUCACCUGGGAGAAGGACGGCCAGCACCUCAUCAGCUCGGCACACUUGACCGUGGCCCCUUUCGGCUACCUGAAGAUCCACCGCCUCAAGCCCUCAGACGCGGGCGUGUACACUUGCUCCGCGGGGCCCGCCAGGGAGCAGUUCGUCAUUAAGCUCAUUGGCGGCAACCGGAAGCUGGUGGCGCGGCCUCUGAGCCUCAGGAGUGAGGAGGAGGCCCUCGCGCUGAGGAAGGCCAGCCCAAAGGAGGCCCUGCAGACCCACAAACACCAGAAUGGAAUCUUCUCCAACGGCAGCAAGGCUGAGAAGCGGGGCCCCGCCGCUGACCCGGGCAGCCGCUACGAUGACCUUGUCUCCCGGCUGCUGGAGCAGGGGGGCUGGCCCGGGGAGCUCCUCGCCUCGUGGGAGGUGCAGGACUCCACGGAAAGGAACACGUCUUCCGAGGAGGACCAGAACGCCGAGCAGGCCCUCUGGCACCUGCCCUUCACCAUGGUGACCGAGCAGAGGCGCCUGGACGACAUCCUCAGGAACCUCUCGCAGCAACCUGAGGAGCUUCGAGACGUCUACAGCAAGCACCUGGUGGCCCAGCUGGCCCAGGAGAUCUUCCGCAGCCACCUGGAGCACCAGGACGCUCUGCUCAAGCCGUCUGAGCGGAGGCUACCCCCGGUGGCCAUCUCCCCUCACAAGCAAGUGUCUGGCUUCAGCAGCUCCCUCCGGACCACUUCCGCUGGGGAGGCCGGGGGCGGCUCUCGCCGGCCCCACCGCAAGCCCACCAUCUUGCGGAAGAUCUCAGCGGCCCAGCAGCUCUCAGCCUCCGAGGUGGUCACCCACCUCGGGCAGACUGUGGCCCUGGCCAGCGGGACGCUGAGUGUGCUUCUGCACUGUGAGGCCAUUGGCAACCCGAGGCCUACCAUCAGCUGGGCCAGGAAUGGAGAAGAGGUCCAGUUCAGCGACAGAAUUCUUCUGCAGCCCGAUGAUUCCUUACAGAUCCUGGCACCAGUGGAAGCUGAUGUGGGUUUCUACACUUGUAAUGCCACAAAUGCCUUGGGAUAUGACUCCGUCUCCAUUGCCGUCACACUAGCAGGAAAGCCACUAGUGAAGACAUCACGAGUGACUGUGAUCAACACGGAGGAGCCCUCAAUCACAGUGGAUGUAGGAAGCACCAUCAAAACAGUGCAAGGAGUGAACGUGACAAUUAACUGCCAAGUUGCAGGUGUGCCUGAAGCCGAAGUCACUUGGUUCAGGAAUAAAAGCAAACUGGGCCCCCCUCACCAUCUACACGAGGGCUCCUUGCUGCUCACAGACGUGUCCUCCUCAGAUCAGGGCCUCUACUCCUGCAGGACAGCCAACGUGCAUGGAGAGCUGACAGAGAGCACGCAGCUGCUGAUCCUAGAUCCCCCCCGAGUCCCCACACAGUUGGAAGACAUCAGGGCCUUACUUUCAGCCACUGGACCGAACCUCCCUUCAGUGCUGACAUCUCCUCUGGGAGCACAGCUGGUCCUGGAUCCUGGGAAUUCCGCUCUCCUUGGCUGUCCCAUCAGAGGUCACCCUACCCCUAAUAUCACCUGGUUCCACGAUGGCCAGCCAAUUGCCACUGUCCCAGGACUGACACAUCAUAUCUUGGCAGCUGGACAGAUUCUCCAGGUUGCAAAUCUUAGUGGCGGGUCUCAAGGGGAAUUCAGCUGUGUUGCACAGAAUGAGGCAGGAACACUCGUGCAAAAGGCCUCGUUGGUGAUCCAAGAUUACUGGUGGUCUGUGGACAGACUGGCAACCUGCUCAGCCUCCUGCGGUAACAGGGGCAUCCAGCAACCCCGCCUGAGGUGUCUGCUGAACAGCACAGAGGUCAACCCCACCCACUGUGCAGGGAAGGUGCGCCCUGCUGUGCAGCCCAUUGCAUGCAACCGGAGAGACUGCCCUUCUCGGUGGAUGGUGACCUCCUGGUCUGCCUGUACCCGGAGCUGUGGGGGAGGUGUCCAGACCCGCCGGGUGACCUGCCAGAAGCUGAAAGCCUCUGGAAUCUCCACUCCUGUGUCCAACGACAUGUGCACACAGCUUGCCAAACGGCCAGUAGACACCCAGGCCUGUAACCAACAGCUCUGCGUGGAGUGGGCCUUCUCCAGCUGGGGCCAGUGCAAUGGGCCUUGCAUCGGGCCUCACCUAGCCGUGCAACACAGACAAGUGUUCUGCCAGACACGAGAUGGCAUCACCUUACCAUCAGAGCAGUGCAGUGCCCUUCCCAGGCCCGUGAGCACCCAGAAUUGCUGGUCGGAAGCCUGCAGUGUGCACUGGAGGGUCAGCCUGUGGACCCUGUGCACGGCUACCUGUGGCAACUACGGCUUCCAGUCCCGGCGUGUGGAGUGUGUGCAUGCCCGCACCAACAAGGCAGUGCCUGAGCACCUGUGCUCCUGGGGGCCCCGGCCAGCCAACUGGCAGCGUUGCAACAUCACCCCGUGUGAAAACAUGGAGUGCAGAGAUACUACCAGGUACUGCGAGAAGGUCAAACAGCUAAAACUCUGCCAACUCAGCCAGUUCAAAUCUCGCUGCUGUGGGACUUGCGGCAAAGUGUGAAGACAGGGCCCAGGGAAAAGCUCUACCCUGGCCACACAGAGGACUCACGCCACCACCUUGGACAGAACUUAAGCUCUCUUCGUUUAUUUAUUUAUUUUCCUCUCCCCACCCCUCCCCCCCACACCCUCGUCCAACCUCCUCCCCCACCCCAGAC